UUUUUCUUUAUCAAAUUAUUGGAUAGUGUGAAUUUCCGAUUGCAGGGGUGUAUAAUUGAGUUAACUCAAGCGGAUUUUUGUUCUUGCUAUUCUGAUUUCACGAUUUUAAUACAAGGAAGUAGUAGUAUUUAAAUCCGUUUUAAGCAUUCAUUCAUCACUAUUCACACUCUUUUCUUUUCUCCUAAUUAGGUUUUUGAUGUUGUUGGAAGUGGAAGCUGUUGUACUGUUUAAUUGACCAAAAUUCAAUUGAAUGCUUGUGUGUUCUCUUUUAUCAAACGAAAAACUGAUUAUUCUCCGUAGUAGUUUCGUUUGAUUUCUUUCUUGCUUUCGAACGUGCAAAAUAAUGCGUUGAUAUCGACAACAAUCAAAACUUAUGAGGCAUGCCACUUGGUGACUAUUAUAAUAUUUCCAUGCGACACCUAAAGUUUGGUAACAUACUUGUUUUAUCCGGGAUUAUGGAUGCUUUCUUCUCGAGGGUGGUCUUCAAUUUGAGAGCUCUCCCUAUUCUUGCUAUCUCUAUUUGGUUGCUCUUCAGUGGAUCUUUCAGCUAUGCUGCUCUGAGUGAUGUUGAGUGCCUCAAAGCAGUAAAAUCUUCUUUGGAAGACCCAGAUGGCUACUUAACAACGUGGAAUUUCAAUAACAAUACUGAAGGCUUCAUCUGUAAAUUUAUUGGGAUUGAAUGUUGGCAUCCGGAUGAGAAUAGGGUCUUGAAUAUCAAGUUGGGGAACUUGGGACUUAAGGGCACGUUUCCACUAGGUCUUGCUCGUUGUUCGUCCAUGACAGGGUUAGAUCUUUCUAAUAACAAAAUCCAUGGAAAUAUUCCAAAUAACAUCUCUCUUAUAGUUGGAUUUCUGACGAGCCUUGAUCUUUCCAACAACGAGUUAUCUGGAGAAAUUCCUGUAAGUCUAUCCAAUUGCACUUACCUGAAUGUCCUCAAACUUAACAACAACCAGUUCACAGGUCAAAUCCCUCAACAACUUGCUCUACUUGGCAGAAUCAAGGAAUUUAGUGUGUCAAACAACCAAUUGACUGGGCCAGUUCCAAGAUUCUCAAAAAAUGCUAGUAUUACUCUAGAGAGCUACGCGAAUAAUGCAGGACUUUGUGGUGAUCCGUUGGUGACUUGCCAAGUUGCUUCCAAGAAAACUAACAUUGGACCAAUUGUUGGGGCAGCUGUUGGUGGGUUGACUCUUGCCGCUUUGGGUGUGUGUAUUGGCGUGUUCUUCUAUAUGCGCAAGGUGGCUAGAAAGAAGAAGGAAGGCGAUCCUCUAGGCAACCAAUGGGCGAAGAGUAUGAAGGGUUCCAAAGGCAUCAAGCUUUCGAUGUUUGAGAAGUCGGUUUCCAAAAUGAAACUAAGUGAUCUCAUGAAGGCUACCAAUGACUUCAGCAAAGAGAAUAUAAUUGGGUCAGGAAGAACAGGGACAAUGUAUAAGGCAGUACUUGAAGAUGGCACCUCUCUUAUGGUGAAGAGAUUGCAGGAUACUCAACAAUCAGAGAAAGAAUUUGUGUCUGAGAUGGCUACUGUAGGAAAUGUAAAGCAUCGGAAUCUGGUUCCGCUUCUUGGCUUUUGUAUGACUAAGAAGGAAAGACUCUUAGUCUAUAAGCACAUGUCGAACGGUACCCUCCAUGAUAAGUUACAUGUCGUGUAUGAUGGUGAGAAACCUAUGGAUUGGCCAUUGAGGCUUAAAAUUGGGAUAAGAGCAGCAAAAGGAUUUGCAUGGAUGCACCACAGUUGCAAUCCCCGUAUUAUUCACCGAAAUAUAAGUUCCAAAUGCAUCUUCCUGGAUGUGGAUUACGAGCCAAAAAUUUCCGAUUUUGGACUUGCUAGGCUCAUGAAUCCCGUUGACACUCAUUUGAGUACUUUUAUAAAUGGUGAAUUUGGGGACUUGGGUUAUGUUGCUCCAGAAUAUACAAGAACACUGGUUGCCACCCCGAAGGGGGAUGUCUACAGCUUUGGGGUCGUUCUUCUGGGGUUAGUAACCGGUGAGAAACCGAUUUUUGUAGCAAAAGCACCAGAAAGCUUUAAGGGAAAUCUAGUUGAGUGGAUUUCCCAACUCUCCAGUACCUCAAAACUUCAGGAAGCAAUCGAUGUGUCGUUGGUUGGGAAAGGUUUCGAUAGUGAGCUUUUCCAGUUUCUUAAGGUUGCUUGUAGCUGUGUGUUGCCGGCUCCUAAAGAGAGGCCUACCAUGUUUGAAGUGUACCAGCUUUUGAGAGCUAUUGGACAGCGUUAUGAUUUCACCACAGAAGAUGACGUUUUGGUGUUAUCGGAUGAUGUCAAUGCCCAUCAACUAGAAGAACUCAUCGUUGCUCGAGAUGUAUAGGAGAUCUAUUAAAGAGAAGUUAAACAAGAUAUAGUGGUGAGUCGAUCCAUAAUCCAACGUGUAAAUUAUCUGUUAACGUUAUUGGUUUUUCAAUAAUUUAUACUUGCCAGUUAGAUUACACAUUCGUAAUUUUAAGAUUGAUAGAUUUUGCAAUCUGCAUAUUACUAUCAGAUAAAUAGCUGACUUAGUAAAAUGUAAAGCUUUUUCAACUUUUUUUGUUGGUU